GUUUGCAUCCCAUUGUCAAGUCAAUGUGUUGAAAGUUAAUUUGCAAAAAUCGUGUUUUUAUUUAUGAUGUUUUAUUGCCAACUAAAUCAAAAUUUUGUGUACAUCCUUCACACCCCCUUAUAUCGCAUGUUGUUAGAGAGAAUGCGAUCAUACAUAGUGUAUAAAAACUGCCCUAAUGGCUGUUCCAACGGCCCAACGGCACUUAUCAAUACGUCGAAAUAGGAUAUUUUGACGGCUCGACAAGAACACUGCUGUCAGAUUUCGCCAUCUAGUUCGUGUUUGUGUGCAAAUGUUCGUGUGUGUGCGUCCUGUGUUGCGGUUGGAAAAGGGAACGCCAUAUUGAACAAAAGAAAAGGCGAGAGAAUAGUUUAUUCAUAUAGCCGCGACCGCCGUCAAAAAAGGCAAAGUGCGAAGCGUAAGCAGCAGCAGCAGCAUUUUUCUCAACUCAACAACACGGCCAGAAAUCUGAAGCAAGUUAAUACACGUACCUAAAAUCUGGGCUAGCAUAAUGGACAUUUAUUAGCCUGGAAAGGGUUGUAAUAAUGUGGCAAAAGUGAAUACGCGGAUCAUCGCCCAACCGCAGUGUUUUCGUUCUGCGCCUACCGAAACUAUUGUCUUCAGCUGGACAAGUUUGUAAAACAUAGGAGAGUUAGCGUAGGCAGAAAAUAAUUAUCCGAAUGAACAUCCAAGCGAGGGUAUAGUAAUAAUUCCUAUCUUGAACAAUGUCAGGACACAAUCCACCCCAUGGACGUCUAGGACAGCCGAAUUCAACCUGGAAUCCACUGCAGGUGCCCUCGUAUAUUCCUCGGCAGCCACAGUUAGCGCAUAUGUCCAGCGAGCGAUCGUUGGCGAGGUCACCUCUAACAUGGCACACUCCACCUACACAUCAAGAUCAAUUGUACAAUUUCAUGACGGCCAAUCAUAAGAAUACGUUGGAAAUCAAUCCAAUGCUGCCAACAUUCGGUAGGAACACUGGAAUGCCGCUUGGAUCAGUUGAUCUGUCCAUAUCGUCCGCAUCGCGUAGCACGCCUUCGCCGAAGGGAAAUAACAUGCCGCCGGGCCCACCUGGGGCGACUGCACAGCAACAUUCUUCUUCGCUGCUGCCAAGCAUUCCACCUGGCCUGGUAGGCCCGCCCUUGCCGGAUCAAAAUGAUCAUUUCCAUUCAAAAAUGCUCCCCGGGCAUCCUGCCCAACAACAGCAGCAACAUCAUAUAAACACAAAUCGCUCCCCAUCGGCUACCCAAAUAGGAGGAGUUAUACAAUCGACAGCAGCACUGAAAGAUCGCUCUGCACAACACAACAUGAUUAACAACAUCGGCGGAAGCAACAACGCUUCGUGUAGCUUUCUUGGCAACAACAGUAGCGCAAACAGUAUGUCGUUGGGACCCAGUAGUUCUUGUGGGAAUGGAUAUUACAACUUACUAAGCAGUAACAGUGGCGGUAAUAGCAAUAGCAGUAGUAACGUUACGUGUGUUGGUGGUAGCAAUAGUAUUCCAGCGACUAUGAAUCCUGUCAGUAGCGCGAUACCGCCGACAACAAUCGCGGUGCCUGCUGACUUCCAGGCUAUGACACCCGGUGGAUUGCAUAUCAAGGACGCCAAGCAAAUAAACAAGAAAGUCAGCAAGAACGGGAAGGAUAAUAAACCCAGUAAUGAAACAUCCGAUCUGGUCAAGGAUAUUAUCUUGCAUGCGAUGCAAAGUAACCAGUCGGCUACUGUAUCGCCCAAGCGAACUUCUCCUCUACGAACACCUAUUCCUUCCAACCCUAGCCCCACGCGGUGUCGCAACUCACCACCUUCGUUGUUAUUACCAUCCAUGGAUCCAGCGUUAAGUGUUAGCAAAUCGUUUCAGGCAGUUACUGCAGAUGUGCCAUCGACCCCCGAAGCGGAUAGCGUUAUCGGGACAAAAACCAGUAUGCCAACAACUCCACCGUUGACUGCUUCAAGCGAAACAGUAGCGGUAGCUAGUAACGAUAGAACGUCACCCAUUCAGAGUGUUGCUUCAAACGAAGAUUCGGCUGAUUCUAAUUCCAGCAAAAUGCGAAGACGGCGGAAGCCCGAUCGUACCAAUAAAAUGGGUUCGGAUGAAUUGGAUCGAAUGCAUGACUUUCUAGGGGUAGAAAAUAGUACGGAAAAAUGUGAUCGAAUCGAUGGUAUCGAUCCCAUGAGGCCUAAUAUAGCGGUCAGGAACGAUAUUGCCACACUGGCGUUGGAGGGAAUUAGUAGUCUCAGUCAAGGUCUGGUGAGUGAUGGUAGCCAUAGUCCACAUAUUACCGAUCUGUCCGAUAGCACCCGGAUAAACCUCAACAACUCAACUGAAAGCAAUAACAAUCCUACCGGCGAAGAAGCGAACAAAUCUUCGGUGGCUAGCUCCGUUAUUUCGAGCGUACUUUCGGCCGCCGCGGCAGUCAUGGAAUCAGCUCGCAAAGAGAGUGAAUCGAAUUCGGACGAUUGCGAAACUAUCGAUAAAAUAGCGGCGAUGAUUUCUAGUACUGAAAAUGAUAGCGCACAGAUUUCACUACAAAUGCCGACUGAAACCAUAGGUCCGCCGGUGGACAACAACGAAAGUGACAGUUUGAACGGUCCUGCCAAAGAAACGCCUGCUGCCGAAUGUUCCCAACCACCGGAAAACGAGAAAUCAGAGUUUCCCAAAAUGGACGCGGACAAAAGUUACGAGGAGAUUGAGAACAAACUGGAGGAAAUGUUCGCUGGGAUAGAGGAAACUUUACCGGCCUGUUCCAAAUCGCCACAGCCAGAACAGAAAAAAAUACUAUCAUCGAAACAAUCCAGUGAAUCUACCGACAUUUUCACCGAACUAUCAGAGAAAACCGAUGCUCCUCCGCCGUUAUCCGACGGUGUUUUGCCUGAUGUUGCUGAUAGAAAGAACUCGCCGGAACCCAGCACAAGUGGAACACAGAAAAAAUUCCUCACACCAGCAGCUAAACGAGCGAAUGUCGGGAAGUCACCUGCCAAUUCUGGACCUUCCCCGAGCAAACGUAAAAAAGUACUGAAGAAGAAAACUGCCCAAUCGAAAGGGGCAUGCUUUGCUGCUGCCGAGGAAAGAGCCAGUGCUUUCAGCACAAAAGCUAGCAAAAAGCCUCUACCGGUGAAAUAUAGUGCGAAAAAGGGCAAUGGAACUGGUUCAGCCAAAAAUGCCAAGGUGAAACCGAAUGAGAGUGGUGUAUUGGAUCCAAGUGGAAAACAUAGGGGACCAUACGUUCAGAUAAAAUCCGAUGGCAGUCAUACGGUGAUAAAUGCUCCUAUAAAUGAAGAAGAUGCGGACAAGCCGCAGAACAAAACGAAGAAAUUUGCUAAUACAAACAACAGUUCGGAAAAGAGCAAAAUCCGAGGUUUGCAUGUGAGCACGCUUAGCACCAAAUACGACGCGGACACGACCGACACUAGUUGGAUGUGUGUGUUUUGUAAGCUGGGGCCUCACAAAAUGAGACUUGGGGAUUUAUUUGGACCAUACAUAAUCAGUACCAAAUCCGUGGAGUACGAGCACAGUCAGACGGGUGAAGAUUACUUCGCUGAGAAAAGGACACGAGAAAGUCUCGCGUCGAAACGAGACUCCAACAUGAUAGAGAAUACGUUAAAAGCAAAGAAGAAGAAAACAAACGAUGUUCCUGUAUGCGUGGUACCAAGCACGAGUGGUACACAGGACAGCAGGAGUGAGACGCGGGUAGCUGCCGAUAUGUUUUACGGUAUGAUAAAAGCUGGCGAUGAUUCCUAUGAAGUGUGGAUGCACGAGGAUUGUUUGGUUUGGGCUCCGGGAGUGCACAUUAUUGGUACACGAAUUGUUGGUUUGGAGGCAGCCAUUUGGAACUGUUUUAGACACCAGUGUAGAGCAUGCUCUCAUUAUGGGGCCACGAUAAGUUGUCUCCACAGAGGAUGCAGCGAGGAGGCGCACAUUGUUUGUGCAAGAAAAAACAAUUGGGAGCUAAGCGAUGAGUUCAAAUCACACUGUGACCAACACUCUAACUCACACUCUUGAGUAUUAGAAAAGUAGGAGACUCAUCGCGGUCCCGUUUUGAUUUCUUCAUAGUUAUCGAUACAUUCAAUUUUGUUAUAUAACUCUUGCAAGCGGAGACUAUCGAUGAGCAGAUCUGUUUCCAGUGCGAUAAGCAAGGACAGAACAAUUCUUUUCUGGUCACCAGUAGAGAACAAUGCGCUUUUUUUUCGGUCACAUGGAAGAUACUACGAUAUGAUUUCUUCCCGAGUGCUGAUGAAUAAAAAGUCACAAUUCAAAUUACGAGUGUACAUUUUAAUCGUGUAAAUAUAGCCAGCUAGUGUAUGAUAGUUUUAAAAUUUAGUUUUUAAAAUUAGACAGAGAACCUUGAGGAUAUUUGGCAUGACCCAGAAAUGUACUUUCAUGACGGUAUAUAUGGAAUAAUUGUGAGCAAACAUAAUUUAUUUAAUAAUGUUAGUAAUAUCAAAGAUCAACACACUUUUUGCUAGGUUAGAGUUUUCUUUUUAAAAAGAAAGAAAGGAAAUUAGGACACUGAAAGAAAGAAAAAAAAUAACUUUAAAAGAAGCGAAUAAUGACGGAUAGAAAAUUCGUUGGAUGCAUGUGAUUAACUAAAAAAGUAUCAAGGACAACACGUAUGUAGUAUAUAUGCUAAUAAAUAGUGUCCAACUUGAUGGAGGAAAACAAUCCACAAAAUUCUCAUAAAGAAGGUUUUAGAAAGCCAAGGCAAAAACAGCAAAGAUAAUAAAA